GGUUUUCAAUGCAGGCGUGUAUUCAAUGCAUUCAUAUAUUAAACACACAAUAAAAGCCAUACAUUAUUACCAGUAGUUGUCUAUCAAUAGAGUCAUUGAAAAUAAUUAUUGUCUCAUAAAAAAAAAGUUAUUAUUAUUUAGACAUCGAUUAAGAUAAUAAAGACAUUAUCACUUGAUUGGAUCAAUUGAUUUAAUAAGUGACUCAUAAAGAGAUAGACAAUUUCACAAUGAAAAUGAUGAACGCACCGAUAAUACUGCUGAAGGAUGGUUCAGAGUCAUCGCAGGGCAAGAGUCAGGUGAUCCAGAAUAUAACUGCGUGUCAGAGCGUUGCCGAAGCUGUUCGCACCACUCUUGGACCGAGAGGUAUGGAUAAACUGAUUGUCGACUCGAGCGGAAAGGUCACGAUCAGCAACGACGGCGCUACUAUUCUUAAGCGACUGGAUAUUAUCCAUCCGGCGGCUAAAACACUGGUCGAUAUCGCUAAAUCACAGGACGAUGAGGUAGGCGACGGUACGACCUCUACGGCAUUGUUUGCCGCCGAGUUUCUCAAACAGGCCAAACCGUUUAUCGAGGAUGGCGUUCAUCCGCAGAUUAUCAUUAAAAGUUAUCGUAAGGCUCGACAACUGUGUAUCGAUAAGAUUAAUGAGAUAUCAAACAAGUUAUCGAAAGACGACCUCAAAGGUAAGCGAUCACUUCUUGUGAAGUGUGCGCUCACGACUUUGAGCUCGAAACUGGUGUCACAGCAGAAGGAGUUCUUUGCCAAUAUGGUGGUCGAAGCUGUCCUCCAAUUGGACGAACACACAAUGCCGCUCAAUAUGAUCGGCAUCAAGAAGGUUACCGGCGGUGGACUCGAGGAGUCGAUGCUAGUGUCGGGCGUGGCUUUCAAAAAGACCUUUUCCUAUGCUGGCUUCGAGAUGCAACCGAAACAAUACAAGAAUCCGAAGAUUGCUUUACUUAAUGUAGAGCUCGAGUUGAAGGCAGAGAAAGAUAAUGCCGAGAUUCGAGUGGACAAUGUCGAAGAGUAUCAAAAGGUGGUGGACGCAGAAUGGGAAAUACUGUACGAAAAGCUUAAGAAGAUUCACGAUAGCGGAGCCAAAGUGGUUCUCUCAAAGUUGCCGAUCGGAGAUGUGGCCACUCAGUACUUUGCCGAUCGAGAUCUGUUCUGUGCCGGCCGCGUACCUGAAGAGGAUCUCAAGCGUACAAUGCGUGCGUGCGGCGGAUCUAUACUGACCACGUGUUACGAUCUAAGCGAUGGUAAUUUAGGCACGUGUGAAGACUUUGAAGAAUUACAAAUAGGAGGCGAAAGAUUCAAUAUAUUAAAAGGAUGUCCAAACUCUAAGACAGUGACAAUUAUCUUGAGAGGUGGUGCCGAACAGUUUAUCGAAGAGACCGAGAGGUCACUGCACGACGCCAUUAUGAUUGUGAGGAGAGCCCUGAAAAAUGAUGCCAUAGUUGCCGGCGGCGGUGCCAUCGAAAUGGAACUGUCGAAGUAUUUGCGCGAUUAUUCGCGAACCAUUGUCGGCAAAGAACAACUGUUGAUCGCCGCGAUGGCCAAAGCUUUCGAAGUGAUUCCCCGACAGUUGUGCGAUAACGCCGGCUUCGAUGCGACCAACAUAUUGAACAAAUUGCGUCAAAAACACUCGCAAACCGGUAACGAAUGGUUCGGUGUCGACAUACUUAACGAAGAUAUUGCAAACAAUUUCGAUGCUUGUGUUUGGGAACCGGCAGUCGUGAAGGCGAACGCCAUUAUUGCCGCAACAGAGGCCGCGUGUUUGAUAUUAUCUGUUGACGAAACUAUUAAGAGUCCGAAGUCACAGACUGAACAAUCACAGGCCGCCCAACGUAUGGGAAUGUAAUGUGAUUUACAACUAAUAAUAUUUAUAUAAACUUAUCAUUUGCUGACCAUUUUGUGUGGUAUCUAAUUAUGUGUUAUCAAUGGAGAGACCAUUUAAGGAGUUAUUUCUUCUGCUUUUUUUUAAAUCAAAGAUAUGUUUGUUUUUACAUAAUUUUUGUUACACUAUAUAUAUAUUAACAAAUUGUCAUUUAAUUAAGCAAUUAAUUAUUUUUAACUAUACUCUAUGUUAAUAAAGCAAUUAAUUUAAACUAUAUUUAUAUGCGUAAUUA